ACAAAAAAAAAAAAAAAAAAAAAAAAAAGUGCUGGGACUAAUGGCACCACCAUGCCCAGCCUAUCUACCUUUAUGACACUGCCUCUGUGACCACCUGCCUUGUUGAAUUAGUUGGGCCCUCUGGGGUACAUGGCUGUAUUAUAGCUUUGCAGCAACUGUUCCAGGUACUCCCAGUGAAGCUGGGUGACCACAUGGAAAUGGCAGCUGCUGGUCACUCAACCCUUAAAGGACAGCCUUCCUCAGGUAAGCCACCUGGAACUCUGCUUUGUCUUCCAGAGUCUAGAGACCAUAAAACCAGAUUUUGCAGGCCAAGAACAGAAUGGAUGCCAGCCAGCCCUUUCCUGGUAGCAUGUCUUUUGGGAAACCCAGUUCCCAGAUGAGGUUAGGGAAAGUAAUCACUGGGUGGAGUCAUUUUGAGAGAGCUGUGGGAUCCACACAGUACUGCAAGAACAGAUCUGCCUGGUAACUGACAGCUGGGUUCUUCCCUGGAUCCAGAUUGAAUGGUCACUGCCAGUUUGCCUCUCUUAACUCCUGGUUUGUUGAUUCUGACAAGAGUGAGGUGGGAUGGAGGUUAAAGACCAGUUCCAGGGGAUUUCUUCUCCACUCUACAGGCAUUGCAUGACAAGGCAGUGCACUUCACAUGCAGGCAAAACACACACAUUAAAAAAAAACAUGGCGGGGAUUUAGCUCAGUUGGCAGAGUGCUUACCUAGUGUGCAUGAAGACCUGUGUCCCAUCCUAGCACAGAAUAAAACGUGGAACCUGGCUCAAAAGCUGGGGGUGGGGUGGGGUGGGAGGGUGUUAGAAUGAGACCUAGUAUUAGUAUUGGCUAUGUUGUAUGAGGUAGAUAGUGUAUUUAUUAUCCUGGAGUCUUAUUUCCCUGUGACUUAUAAAAGCUCACUUACGGACUGGGCCUGGGUGUUGAAGCAUGAUUGUUCUUGAAACUUUUCAUUUCUGCAGCAGUUGAUUCAAAGGACCUGGUUUCUUUUCCCUAGUUGUUGGAAGAAGGGACAUGUGCUCUGUGCCUUAUCGCUGCUGCCCCAUAUGAGGCCUUGGCUUUCCUAUUUAUCCCCAAAGACCUUACCACCCCCGAUUUGCCUGGCCCUUCUGGUGUGAUCAAGCUUCACCAGGCUCCAUUCUCACUAGCUGUCUUUAGUUGACCUAGAAAGGCUCACCGCUUGGCAGGGCAGGGAGUUUCCACUGCCUUGAAUGUGAUUCUCCUCCCCUGGUGGUUCCUGGCUCCUCACUUAGGCUUUCUAGCUUAGCAAUCACCUCUUCCAACGGUACUCCUAACUGCCUUCCCUUAGGCAGCCCCCUUCCCAGUUUCAGCUCACUGCUUGCUCGCCACCCCAUAUACCAGUACAUUUUCAUAUCUUUGGCUAUCUUUUGGUUUCUCCACCCUGAGCCUUAAAUUCCAUAAGGUCAGGGACUGCUUGACAGUUCCUGCCGCCAAGUCUGGAGUAUGGUCCUUUCUAAAUAUGCGCACUGAGGCCCCGGAACCAGGGCACAAACUGCUGGAUAAGGAACACAUGACACCAAUUCCGAUGGUCUGCCCAGUGCCUGGCUCAUAAGAGCAUACAGCAAGGGAGGCCCAGAGCUAAAGCUCCUGGUGAAAAGCCCUAAUUCUGUUGCCCUUUUAGGACCCCCUGCAGCUUGCGAACCCUUCUCCCAGGCCUGAUUGCGCUGGGGCAACGGUCUCCUAGGCGACGGGAAGCAGAGGGCGGGGCCUGAGGCCAGGGCGCCUUUCGGAGGCCGGUGCGAGGCGGGCACAGGGCGGUUCCAGCUGUACUGUGAGGGGUCGUAUGCAGGGCCUCGGCGCGGCUCUACUCCUGAGUGCUGGGCACCUGGGGCCGACUACCGCCUGGUACCGCCAAGAGGGCGGCCCUGGGUGCAGCUGGCACCGGAGGUCGCAGCCGCCCGAGCCACACACGAGUUCGCCAAGCCCGUGGCCCUGCGUUCGCAGCUCCGAGUUCCGGCCGCCUCACAGACUGCUAUGGCCCGGGCCCGCUUCCGCACAGCCCGACGGGGCUCAUGCUGGCGGGGGCCGGGGGAACUGCUGCCCCUUCCCUGCGCGCCAACUAGGCAGUGUCCAGAAGCCGCCGGUCCUCGGCACCCAGGGCAUUGUGAAUCCUCACCCCGUCGCUCCCCUCCCCCCCUCGGCCCUGGAUGACCCCCUGCCUGAUCCCCUGCCGCCGCUAGACGGUUCCCUUGUCCUUUGGCGAGGGUUCUCCAAAGGACCUCACCACAUGGGCCGGCUCAGAAACGCUAAAAUCCACGUGGAGAGAGCUAUCAAGCAGAAGAAGAUCUUUAUGAUCCACGGCUGCUACCCAGUGAUCCGGUGUCUCUUGCGCCGGAGGGGCUGGGUUGAAAAGAAGAUGGUCCACCCUCCAGGCACCACCCUGCCACCACCCCAGAAGGAUGUGGAUAGUUCGUUGAUAGGGGAUAGUGAUGCCACAGAAGAUGAGGAUGAAGAAGAGAAUGAGGAGUUCCGGAAGCCACAGAUGUUGGAUUUUGAUGGAUUUCUGGACUUUGAUGAUGUAGAUGGGAUACAUGCUUUGAUGUCCCGCAUGGUUCGGAAUGAGACCCCCUACCUCAUCUGGACCACUCGGCGAGAUGUGCUAGACUGUCGCUUCCUCUCCAAGGAUCAGAUGAUAAACCACUAUGCCCGUGCAGGCUCCUUUACCACAAAGGUAGGCCUGUGUCUCAACCUCCGGAAUCUACCCUGGUUUGAUGAGGCUGAUGCAGACUCCUUCUUCCCUCGCUGUUACCGCUUGGGGGCAGAGGAUGACAAGAAAGCCUUCAUAGAGGACUUCUGGCUGACGGCUGCCCGCAAUGUUCUCAAACUGGUGAUGAAGUCGGAUGUGAAGCUGGACUCCUACUACAACCAGGCAAGAGAGGAGGAGGCUCCAGAAGACACACAGCAGAAGAAACAGGAGAAAAAAACCCCGGCAAUAUCCCCAGAGUUUGUGGAUGAGGCUCUGCGUGCAUGUGAGGAGCACCUUAGCAGCCUGGCUCACAAUGACAUUGAUGAAGACCCCGAGGCCCCCAUGUACUUAAGUCCUGAGGGUUGGACACUCUUCCUCCAGCACUACUAUCAAGUAGUUCAUGAAGGGGCAGAACUCAGACAUCUUGAGACCCAGGUCCAGCGCUGUGAGGACAUCCUGCAGCAGCUGCGAGCUGUGGUACCUCAGAUUGACAUGGAGGGGGAUCGGAACAUUUGGAUCGUGAAGCCAGGAGCCAAGUCCCGUGGCCGAGGCAUUGUGUGCAUGGACCACCUGGAAGAGAUGCUGAAGCUGGUGGACUGCAACCCUGUGCUGAUGAAGGACGGCAAGUGGGUGGUGCAGAAGUACAUUGAGCGACCACUGCUCAUCUUCGGCACCAAGUUCGACCUGAGACAGUGGUUCUUGGUGACUGACUGGAACCCACUUACUGUGUGGUUCUACCGAGACAGCUACAUCCGCUUUUCCACACAGCCCUUCUCCCUGAAGAACCUGGACAACUCAGUGCACCUGUGCAACAAUUCCAUCCAGAGACACCUGGAGACCUCAUGCCACCGGCACCCAAUGCUGCCCCCGGACAACAUGUGGUCCAGUCAGAGGUUCCAGGCCCACUUGCAAGAGGUGGGCGCCCCAAAUGCCUGGUCCAAUGUCAUUGUGCCUGGCAUGAAGGCUGCUGUGAUCCACGCCCUGCAGACCUCCCAGGACACUGUGCAGUGCCGGAAAGCCAGCUUUGAGCUAUAUGGUGCUGACUUUGUGUUUGGGGAGGAUUACCGACCAUGGCUGAUUGAGAUCAAUGCCAGCCCUACCAUGGCACCCUCCACAGCUGUCACUGCCCGUCUCUGUGCUGGUGUGCAAGCUGACACCUUGCGUGUGGUUAUAGACAGGAGGCUGGACCGCAGCUGUGAUACAGGAGCCUUUGAGCUCAUCUAUAAACAGCCUGCCGUGGAGGUGCCCCAGUAUGUGGGUAUUCGGCUCCUGGUGGAGGGUUCAACCAUCAAGAAGCCUAUGAUGAUGGGUCAUCGGCGGAUGGGGGAACGCCCAUCACUCCCUCAUCUGCUGACCCAGCAAGACUCUGGGGAAGGCAAGGACUCAGGGACCCCUACCCACAGGUCAGCUUCCAGAAAAGAUGCUGGGGCCAGAAGCCUAGGGCACACUGAGAAGCCAGACUCCACUGCCACCACCUCGGCUCUCGGAAAGGGGAAGAAAGCCCAUUCCCACUUCUUUAGUCUCCAUGCCAAGGCCCAGCUGCCUUCUCUUCGCAUGCUCCGACCCCAGGGCCACCUUCUCAGACUUCAGCAUGGCCAGCUGGUGGGCUCUAAGGCUCUGUCAACCACAGGCAAGGCCUUGAUGACUCUACCCACUGCCAAGGUUCUGACGUCCUUCCCACCUCACCCUGAUCUCAAGCUGGCAUCCAGCAUGCUGAAGCCAGGAAAGGUGGGCCUCGAGCUGCGCCUGGCACCCUGGUGGGUAGUGCUGAGCAUUGGGAUCUGGGCUGAGAGGGAAGCACCCAGACCAGCCAGUGCCCCAGGGAAGGGCUUGUCUUUCCCAGAAGCUGCCUCCUAGCCUGAGUCCUGAUCAUCUCUCUCUCCCUCCCCUCCUUUACACCGAGGCUGCUGUUCUCCACCAUCUUCAAGGCCCCCACCUUGGAAGUGCCUUGUGGCCCCCGCCCUUUGAAGUUGGAUCUCUUCCUGGCACCCACAAGAAAGUCAAGGGCAAAGCCAAGUUCAAGACCAGACUCUGCAACAAACACAAGGCUGAGGCAUACCCUGAGAAAAGGCU